UUGUAAGUUGUUCCUCAAAGGAUUUUGACAAGUGAUUUUUUUAUUGGAGUGUAUGAAGGAUUAAAAUAUUUUCAUUCAGAAAUGACUUUUUUGGUGUAGAAAACGAGUGUUUUCUACUCCAAUUUUCACGAGUUUCAUUUCAAUAAAACAAUUAAAUUUAUAAAUUUAUGAGUGAACAUCUCGAGAGUCCUGGGUUCGCGGAUGCGAAAAUGGACAUUUCUUCAGAGACAACAUCCCAGUCUCAGGAAUCUCCGGGCGUUACAUCUCCCGAUGAUGAUGGAAAUACUUUUCAUGAAAGGGAGAUAGAUAGCAUUUCGGUUUAUGAGGACACUAAAACUGAGAACACCAAAGAAUUGUCCAGUAGUGUAUCAAAAAAUCAGAGUUAUAUGAAAACUGGAUUAACACUUGCUAGCAAUCACCCAUUGAUGUCUCCAGCAAUGACGGACAGUGACUCAGAGAACAGUCACAAUCACAAAUCCAUUUCCAAAACAUCGCGUUUUGCGUAUCCGGACGUAGUUCCGGUAAAUGAAUCCCAACGACAUAAAACUACACGUACAACUCGUCCAGCUACAUCAUCAGAAAAGAAAGUUAAGUCCACUAUUCCUAUAAAACUGGAGAAUCUUGACAUUGUGGAUAAUCCUAUUGGAUGCAGAAAAGCUUCUGCAUUUCGGGAUCUCAGUCCUGACAAAAUGGCCAGCAGUGGCUCAGAACAGGACCUAUCGCAGUAUCAUGCAUCAGUAACACCUUCCUUUCAGUCAGUGGCCCUUAUGUCGAGACCACUACCAACAUCAUCCAAUGAACAACGAAAUCAAUCAAAGUGCAUUCAAGAUGCACUUUCGGACGUAUCAUCAGUGGAAUCUUUUUCUAAUCGCAGUUUUGAUGAUGACUUCAAUCCUAAUGCCAUCUCUGGAAGUCCAACAAGUUCUCUCUUUGACAAUAACAUUUCUAGGGAAGAUAUUGAAUGUACAUUGGACGAUCAAUUGGAUUAUCCAACAAUUGCGCCAGAUUCUACACAUACUAAACAGAAAAUUAUUAUGCCUGAUGGAAAAACUCGGGAAAUUGAUAUGAAAGUCAUUGAACCUUACAAGAGAGUCCUUUCCCAUGGCGGAUACCUCAAAACUGCCGGACACAAUGCUAUAAUUAUUUUUAGCGCCUGCUAUCUUCCUGAUCGAUCACGAACAGAUUACCACUACGUUAUGGAUAGCUUGUUCCUGUACGUAGUUCAAACUCUUGACCAGCUAGUUACUGAUGAUUAUGUUAUAAUUUAUCUUCAUGGGGGAUCCUGUCGCAAUAAUGUCCCUCCUUUCAAUUGGUUACGAAAAUGUUAUCAAUUGCUCGACAGACGUCUCCGUAAAAGUCUAAAGACUCUCUACAUGGUUCAUCCAACAUUUUGGCUUAAAUCUCUUGUAUUGAUGUCGCGUCCUUUUAUAAGUUCAAAGUUUUGGCGUAAGCUUAUUUACAUUAAGAACCUUGAAGAUUUGUAUACGAAGGUUCCCGUGGAAAAAACUGCUAUCCCCGAAAAGGUUAAACAAUAUAAUUCAAAAUGUGUCUAAAAAUGAACAAAUUAUUCUAAGUCAAACAAAAGUUAAUAAUUUUUGUUUCAUUUGAUCUCAGUUGAAACAGCAAUAUGAAUAUUUAAUACGUAUUUGUUUGUGAAGACGUGCUUUAAGUUCCUAUUUUGUAAAAAAAAAGAGCAAAUUCUACAAAAAAAAAUCGCUCAGUCUGUGUAAAUAUUAAAAUAUUAUCAUUUAAUAUAAUAUUUCAGAUAAAAAUGAGCAUCGAACGUAGAGAAAAUUUAAUACACGAUCUUUAGGUCUUAAGCACAAUAGUAUUUCGCAGAUGUUGAAGACAUAUAUAUUUUUUUUCCAAACUGAAAUUGCACUAUAGCUCAAUAGCUUUAAAAAAAAAUCCCGAGCAACACAAUAUUAAUACAUUUGGAAGGUAGAUAGUUGUUCUACAACUCACUUGAAAUUAAGGCACUGUACUAAAUAAAGUACUUAUUAAGUACUUAGUAAGUAUUUAGUGUGUCAGCCGGGAUAUUUAUUCUUACAGUUCCCGCUUUCUUAUUCGGAUAUUUCUGAGACAAAAUGGCAAAUGCCCGCUUCGUCAUUCGGAUGGAUUUUUUUCAAUUUGUUUUGAUAGAAGAACAAUUUGAAAGAAAGAUUAAUUAAAAAGACAUUAUUAGGAAUUUCUUUGUUUUAAUAAUUUAUUUAUUAAACAAAAGCUUCGCAGAUUAAUUAAUUUUCGAUUAUUAUUUUAAAUGAAACCGUCAAGAUGUCAUCCGAAUAAGAGAACGGAAAAUGCAUUUAAAAUUACUUUUUUUUAUUAAUUUAUUUUUUCCUAAAAACAAGGUGAAAUAACGAAAAUUUCAAUCAUUUCAUUAUAAAAUGUACUUUUCAUAAAUAGUUUCCUCGACAAAAUUUAAAAAGGUUAUAUGACAGUGAUCUUCUGAUGCAGUAAUUUGAGGUAUAAUACAGAAAAAUUCUGAAGAAAAUUUUUGAAAAAACAUUUGUGUUUGUAUUUCAAUCAACAGUGAAAAGGAGACAUUUUUUCUGAAUAUUCUUUUUUAGCACAUAACUGUUCUAAAGUGCUUCUGCAUUAUCGACUUUUCCUUGCGUUGGUCCCUGUCAUGAAUAUUUCCCGAGUCUUCUUCCAAAACCUUCUGUGGCAAGAACUAAGAUAAAGAAAAGUCGAUAAAUUAAUAGAUGAGAACAGUCAUGUACUAAAAAAAAUGUUUAUAAGAAAGAUUUCCCCUUUUUAUUUAUUAUUCUUAACAGCAUUUUAAUAUUAGUUUCACUGCAAUAAAAAUUUACUAUAAAGAUUGUAAGUUUGAGGAAAAAUAUUCGAUUUAGAAGUUCCAUAAUCGCUCAAAGUAUACAAACUAUGAAAAAAAUAUGAUGAGCAGAGUGGUAUUUUAUUGUUUCGUCAGAUUUAUAACUAACAGAAGAUUUUUAUAAUUUUUUUUUAAAUUUUUUGUUGCUAAAAUGAGAUUUCUAAGACGCAAAUUCUUCAUAAUAAACUUUUAGUCAGAAGAUCUCUAAGUUAUAUAGACCUCAAAGCUUAGUUUUUCAAAUGCAUGGCUAAUAACACGUAACGUGAAAAUGUGGUUAAACAAUCGAAAAUAGUGAAAAGAAUGUGAAAAAAAAAUUGUUUUAGUGGGACAGUUUUUAAUAAAAUUCAUUUAAUUUAAUGAACAAUUGUAAAUCUGUAGUAAAUUUAGUGGUUAGUGUAUCAUUUGUGAUGAAAUUAUUUGCAAAAAUGCAUGAUGAAAAAUAAAUAAAAUGCAUAAGUUGAAAAUUAUUGUAAAAAA